AAGACCGAACAGGAGCCGUGGGGCGACCGGGAGCCGGGACCCUUUGUGGCCGGCGAUGGGCCCUCGCCGCCGACGCCGCAAGCCAGAGACCCCGAAGAGGCGCAGCGCGAGUCCACCUCGCGGGACCCCGCGGCGGGAAGCCUCCUUAGGUUCUUCCUCUCGUCAACAUAGUCGGAGAAGAAUUCGCUGGAUUAAGGAGAUCAAAAAUCUACAGAAGAGCACAGACCUCUUGAUAAGGAGGUACCCCUUCAGCCGCCUGGCAAGAGAAAUAUGUAUGAAAUUCACACGUGGUGUGGACUUCAGUUGGCAAGCCCAGGCCCUGUUGGCCCUUCAAGAGGCAGCAGAAGCAUUUUUAGUUCACCUCUUUGAGGAUGCCUACCUCCUCUCUUUACAUGCUGGCCGAGUCACUCUUUUCCCCAAGGAUGUGCAGCUGGCCAGGAGGAUCCGCGGCAUCGAGGAAGGACUUGGCUGAACUCCUACAGCACUGUCUCUGGAUGUUACCUGGGACUCUCUGGAGCUACAACUAGACCCAGUGGUGUCUGAGGUGCUACCUGGAUUUUGUUGUCUCUGAGCGGUGUGUGACUGUUGCCCUUUAAACUUUCUUUAUGAAGGAGAAGAAUGCAUGUUUCCUCUGUAGCAGAGGUGUUAUAGGAGACAAUCAACACAGUUCCAAAGGCCUGAAAAGACUUAGUUGGUGUGUUACUCAUAAGACUCCUAAAGGAUUUUGAAGACAUCACAUCUGUCAUGUUAUAGGAAAAGGAUAUUUACUUUGUUUUAGAUCUUUCUGUACUUUAUGCAUUUUUUAACCAUGUGUAUAUUUUUACUGUUAUUGAAAAUGAAAGGGAAGAAUAAAAAUAAAUAAAAUUUUUUUUAAAUGUAAGGGAAAAAUAAGAGAAGAGCACUUCCAUUUGUUACCUUAAAGGACCCAACUCUCCUCAUGUACAAAUCUCUGCCUUCCAGAUUAAUAUCAUUAGUGACUGUCAACAAAUGUGUUGCUUUUCAAAACUAAAUUGGGAGUUGAUAAUUUUUUUKUUGUUGUUUGGUUUUGGGACUAGGGAUCAAAUCUAGAACCUUAUACAUGCUAAGCAUGCACUCUACUCCCAGCCUGAAAUUUUUCUGAUUCUUUCUAGCAAAUUUCUAUCAAAAUAAUUCAGAAAUUCUCUUGUAGAAUUUAGCAUUUUAUUCUUAGUUGUAAAUCAUAGAAAUAUCAUCCAUCCAAGAUUUUGUUUUAUUCUAAUUUUUUUUAAAAAUUUGGGGUA